AUUAUUAAUGAGAAAGAUAAAUGGCUAGCAGUAGUUCCUAAUGAAUUAGCAAAAAAUAAGUUCUGCCACCGUUCCCCAAAAUUUCCAUUACUCGAGAAAGCUAUGAGCUUAUGGAUCGAAAGUACAAUUAUAGCUAAAAUUCCAAUUAGUGAAAUGUUAAUCAAAGAGAAAGCAAAAUUUUUUAUGGAAGCUUUUAAUAUAGAAGAGUCUGAUUUAAAAUUGUCAAAUGGUUGGAUUGAAAAAUUCAAAUGUCAUAAUAAUCUUCAUGUUUAUCGUUUAUAUGGAGAGGCUAAAAGUGCUCCCUUAGAUACUUUAUUUGAAGAAAGACAAAAAUCGAAUAAUCUUCUUAGCCAAUAUACGCUUGACCAAAUUUAUAAUGCAGAUGAAACUGCUUUAUAUUAUCAAGAACAUACUGACCAAGAUUAUGCAAAUUCUGAUUCUGAAAAAAAACUUGGAUCAAAUAUUAUUGUAGGUUCAUCCUCUAAGGCAUCUUCUAAGGUAUCCUCUAAGAUACCCUCCAAAAAAUGUAUAUCAAAUAAAAAACAAAAAAUGCGUGAAAAACAUGUUCAAAAUGAAGCAAGUUUACUCGAUAAUAAUGAGCUUGAUGAGCUUUUAAAUAAAUUGCCUUUAGAAGAUAACCAUGCCACAGCUCUUAGUUCUGCAAUGGUUGAUUAUUUUAAUGAUAUUGAUCAAACUAUUGCAACCGAAGAAGCACUGACAGACCAACAAAUAGUUACUCUUAUUCAAAAUGAAGAAC